AUGAUUGAGGUUGCGGAAAUCGUGGACAGGGAUGGUCACUUGAUCCGCCAAUUGGCGGAACGGGGCGUUCGAACCGAGCUCAGGUGGAUCCCAUCUCACCAAGGGGUGUUAGGCAACGAGAUCGUAGAUCGACACGCCAAAGAAGCCGCCCAAGGACCUGACGGGCCACAGAACUCCCUCAACCGAUAUAUCCGCCUCGCUGCCGCGGCUAAGCGCCGGUAUCGCAGCAAGGCGAAGAUCGAGUGGGAGAGAGCGUGGAUAAACGAGAAGACCAGCCGAGCGACGAGACGCUUGAUCGAAGCACCGACAAAGAAUAACAUGGAAUACUGGUCAGGACUGCGCAAAGCGACUACGUUGAUACUGAUGCAACUACGCACCGGGCGCAUCGGCCUCAGUGCGUACCUAAAUCGUAUCAACCGACGCGACUCGGCGCGGUGUGAUUGCGAACUGGGCACUCAAACGGUGAACCAUAUUUUGCUCGAGUGCCGGUUGCACCAAGACGGGCGCGACUGGAUGCGGAGCGCCCUUUCCGACCAGGGGAUCGCUCUCCGUCGAGACCAGCCCCAGAUGCGGCCGGAGGCACGCACAAUUGUGGCCGAUUUCAUGGUCAAAACAGGUCUUUUGGGUCAAUUCCAAGCAGUCGACCCAAUUACCCUGGAUGCAGAAGAGGCUGAAGAGAGAGAAUGA